GCGAAUUACCUAAUUAUAAAAAAAUCAGCUGGAUUCAUAUCGUACAAUGGUAAAUGAUAAGAAUAACGAUGAAAAAAAGUCUACAUUAAGCCUGGAAAGUAACAAAGAAUGGAAUAAUAAAUGCCCAAUAUGUUUAGGACAGCGAAAUAAUAAUUCCUUUACUGAAAGCUGCUUUCAUGAAUUUUGUUUCAUUUGUUUAUCAGAAUGGGCUAAAGUCAAAGCAGAAUGCCCUAUGUGCAAAAAACCAUUUACCAAAAUUAUGUAUAAUAUUAGGACUAUAUCAGAUUUUGAUACAUUAGAAAUAGCCUCACUCAAUUUACCAGUUGCAUCAUCAAUUGAACAGCGUUUUCGAUAUAGAACUACUGGGAUUAAUAGCAAUACUAGAAAUAAUAACAAUGCUAGAAAUAGACAAAAUCGAUCACAGCAAAAUAAUUUACAAACUCCAAAUAGAUAUUUGCAAUCACUAUUAUCAGAUAACUUUCGCAGAGUGAUAUAUGAAAUUGAUUCAUGGAGCAUCAUAACUGAUUUACAGGAAAGUUCGACCAAUUUAUUGCCUAGAAAUGAAAGAUAUAGAGACACAUCACCUUUAUUUUUUAGAAGUAACCCUGCAUGUCUUCAUCGUCUUUACCCAUGGCUUUAUCGUGAACUUAACGCUUUAAAUAAUCUUCAUUUUCGCCCUGACCUUUACAUAAAUGAUAAUAUAACUGGCCUAAACUUACAAACGAAUAUUCUAAACAAUGAAAAUAUUAUUGUCCCACACAACAUUAUUUCAAAUAUUCACUCUUCACCGAUAAAUGUUAACCACGUAGUUGAUUUAAUCCUAUACAAUGUUCGAAUUUACUCGAUCACUAGCAAUGAAUUUCGAAGUACCCUUGCAAAUUAUAUAAAUUCUAGAUUUGUUGACCAUUUUGUGCACGAAUUUAAUGCAUUCGCCCGAAGUCCUAUUGAGAACUAUGGUGAUUACGAUGUCUCUGCUUUUUAUCAUAUUCCUUUACAUGGCCCGCGCCAUAAUUCCCUCACAUAUUAUCACGGUAUUGAUAAUAUCAAUAGUGGUCGAUCUUUUCAACCCACUCAACCACAAGGAAAUGUGCUCAAUAGCGCAAUACAUAUUGAUUGCGCACAUACUAUUACAAACUCUUCCAAUAUUAUAUCGAACACCACGAUUAUCAAUAAUAUUUCUGAAAUUAGAAAUCGGAAUGAUUUUCAACCUAGACCCGUUCCAACAACUAUUGCACCAAUAACUUCUGAAAAUAAGUUUUUCCCGAUUUUUAAUAUCACGAAGCUUAAAAAGAGACAUGGUAAACAAGAAACAUUAAAGGAACAUCAAUCAAAUAAAUAUUUAUCAAACUGUAAUCACGCAUACCUCCAAAAAAGAGAGCCAAAAAAGUUCCAUAAAAAACCCUUUUCUAAGGCUGGUUCAUCAUUUUGUGAAAUCGUUCAAACCCUUCCUCCUAUAAAAGAUAGGAAUCACCAAGUAUUCCCAUUAUUUUCAUCUAGUUCUUCAUCCAUAUACGAAUCCGAAGAUAAUUUACCACUAGCGGAUAUCAGGCAUCGUAUAAAUCUAUCAAAAUUGGAUAUUUUUCACAAUUCGCCCGAAUCAUUGGAAAAUGAUCAGCCUACAACGAGUAAACAAUAUUUGAAAAAAACUAAAGACGAAAAGGUAAAAAGACAGAAAAGUAAGCAAAAUAUAUUUACUCUUGACACUUCUGACAAUCACAACUUGAAUAAUUCGCCAAAAAAAUUACCAAAUAAUAGUGUUAAUAAUAGUAAUUAUAAAGAUAUAUUGUCGAAUGAAUUUAAAUCAAAUUUGCCACAAACUUUAAACCAAAACAAUACAAAUAGAUCUAAAACGGAGCUUACAGCUAAACGCUCAUAUAACCAGGACGAGUUCUUGAAUGAUAGCAUGUCAACGUGUCAAUCGCCGGAUACCCAUGUGUCCUCUAUUCAAGAAGUUUACAGAUCUCCCAUUUUUGAAAUGUCAGUUUCUUUAAAUAAAUUACCCUUAGUUAACGCGGAAGAUAGGACUCUAGAUUGGGCACAUGAUUAUACCAAAUGGUGGAUCGAUAAGAAUAAAGAAAUAAAAAAUACCGACUCAGAUUGGAGCUCUGUCGAACAAUUCGUUAUUGAUAAUAUUUAUUACCACAAGGAAGAAUCAACUUUUCAUAAUUUAGUUUUGAUUGAUGAAUAAAAUUCCCAUUCGUGAUUAUAAAUAUUAAUUGUAUUAUUUAUAUAAAGGUAUGAAGAAGCUUUGAGUCACAUUCAUUAUUGAAUUAAUCACAUCUG